GUGGGACUGCGCAGCGUACGGAUGUGUCUAGAGUCGGUCGAUCAGUGAGUGAGACAGUGUUGGUUGCCUUUGUCCUCAAAUACUUUGGAUUACUCUACAUUCCUUAUGUUUUUCCCGAGCUGCGAACAAGGUGAACACUGAGAUGAAGCUAGCCGGCACGUACGUGGGGCGGCUGCGGCUGACGGUAUGGCGGCGCAAGUCCACGCUGCUGGGGGCGGCGAUGGCGCUGGCCCUCGUGGUGGUAUGUCUGCAGUACAACGCCGCCAAGGAGGUGGUGGAGGUGCCGCCCCCGCCGGCCGCAGAGGAGACCGCAGAAGCUCGCGCCAACAGUGUCCAGUUCGUGGCGAACCUGCCCGCGACCGGCGCCUCCCUGAGGACGGACAGUCAGGGUGACCUGGUAGACUCCGCGGCAGACGCGAACUACGUGUCGGGCAAUCUCAUCUACUCCGGGCUCGACCCCAAGUUCAACUACGUGCCGCCGCAGAGACUGGUCCACCUGGACCUGAAGGGGGCGCCCCCCAAAGUGCCCUACCUGAAGCGCCUGCUCACAUUGUCCCGAGAGAUGGGCGCCACGGGAGUGUUGCUCGAGUGGGAGGACAUGUUCCCCUGGUCCGGGGAGCUCUCGCCCUUGGCCGCCACUAACGCUUACACGCGUCGUGACGUCGACGAGAUCGUGGAGACGGCGCGGUCUGUCCACCUGGAGAUCAUCCCGCUCGUGCAGACCUUCGGGCACGUGGAGUUCGCGCUCAAGCACAAGGAGUUCACAGCCCUGCGAGAGGUGCCGGACUCCCCCCAGGCUAUCUGCCCCUCCCUUAACGCUUCUGUGGACCUUGUCUACCAGAUGAUUGAUCAGAUGAUGGCCGUACACAACAACAUCCGGUUUCUACACAUCGGUUGUGAUGAGGUGUUCCAGAUGGGGGAAUGUGCCCGGUGCAGGACACAAACCAGAGACAACCUGUUCCUGGCUCACGUUUCCAAGGUGGCGCAGUACGUAAGGUCCAAGUAUGCUAAUGUAGUCCCACUGAUAUGGGAUGACAUGUUGAGACAUCUUCCACCCAUCAGUCUGGAGCAGUUCAGGAUAGGGGAGCUUGUGGAGCCAAUGGUGUGGGUAUACGCAGAAGAUGUGUACCGUUUCGUGCCAUCCAGUGUGUGGGAGAAAUUCGCAGCUAUAUUUCCCCGCGUGUGGGCUGCCAGUGCAUUCAAGGGAGCGUUCGGAGAGACGCUGUACGUCCCCAAUGUGAAACGACACCUGGAGAACAACUUGCGUUGGCUGCAGGUCAUGGCCGCUGAGGGGCCCAAGUUCAAGGGAGGCUUUCAGGGAAUUGCAGUCACCGGGUGGCAGAGAUAUGACCACUUUUCUGUACUGUGUGAGUUACUGCCAUCUGCUGUGCCCUCGCUAGCCAUCAACUUGCUGGCCACCAGUCAUGGCUACUUCAACCAGUCGCUGCGUACCAAGUUGAACACUGGCUUGAGCUGUGGUAUGUUUGGGCCUUCAGCCGAACGCGGCAUGUUCCUCAACCUCAACAACGAUCCAUUUCUGUGGGACCAGUUCUCACGCUGCGCGUUCCCCGGACACACCUUCUUCAAGUUGCUUUAUCGGCUCAACGGGCUCGAGCGGGAAGUUAGUGAGCUGGUCACAACGGUAAGGCAGAGUAGAGGAUGGAUGACAGCUUACAAUGUGAGAACCAACUUCUCCAGCCCGAUCCGUGUCGAUGAGUUGAUGCAAGAUCAUCCUCGACUGUCUCACUCGCUCACUGCACUCAUUCACUCCGCAAAGGAUGCCCUAGCAGAGGUCUUUGACGCGUACACAGUGGCGGAGUGGAUCGAGCAGAAGCUCUACCCGAUGGUGGUGCAGUUGGAAGACAUGCAGAAAGAUGCUACAAUGCUCAAAUCGUUCCGUAUUUGGCCCAAGAGGCCCUUCGCUCCUCUCCGAGAUUUGGAAAGGUUAGGUGUUCCUAUGCCUGACAACGUUAUUCCCCCACCAGGAUGAGUUUAUUAAUACAGGCAUUAAUGCCUAACAAACUCAUACUAACUGAUAAGUUAUUGUGAGUACCAUCGGGACAAAGUGGAUUUGGGAUCUUUAAACGUACCAGUGAGUUUUUUCCCUGAGUGGCAUUGUACUUUGCUAGCAUACAUCUCUGUUAUUUUUUAUUGUAAACUGCGCCACGGACAGUGUCAAAUACUUGAGGUCGAAUUCGGCGCUAGACACGACAUUGUGAUAUAAAUGUAGUUGUAAUUUGCAUGGUCAAUCUCAUCUAGCAGUACUAUUCCUGUGUUGUAAAUAUUGAGGCGAACUGAAUUUGUAUUGACUUUUUUAAACUUAGUUCUUUCUAUGUACAAUCCUGACUCAUGAUGUAUUUAUGUCGGGAUUCAACCUACAAAUGAGCAGCUUUGAAGUUGUAAACCAGUGGUGAUUGCUGAAUACGACAACUUUAUUCUUCGAAACGAACUAUUCUUUGAACAAUGAUGAGCUGAAUAGACUUCGCUAAAAUGUCUUAAUCUAAGUAAUAAUUAUAAACCAGACAAUUAUUUUGACUGGAUCCUUUUCGUAUUAGGAUGGCAACAUUUUUCAAAUUGUCCGCUUUAUUAUACAAUAUAAUUUUUAACGCAACUGUACUUGAUCAGUUAUAAUGUCAUUGAAAUGUUUUGCAAAGUUGUAAGCUUUUGCCUAUUUUUGAGUUGUUUAAUUUAAACAACUAACCUUUGUUAUACUUUGUCAUUUAUUUGUAACUUUAUUUACUUGCCUCAACUCAUUUAUUUACUUGUUUACAUAUUUAAUUUUAUAAUCAUUGUUUUGUUUGCUAAAAUUUAAUACGCUCUCCUGAAAGCUCUCUAUUUUAUCAAAAUCUGCCUUUUAACACCUUUUAUAUUUUUUAGAAAAAUGUAUGAUUAGUAUUGUUUUGUUACUUGUCACGUUGCUAUUUUAGAAUCAAGUUUUAAUAUUAGUUUUUGAAUGUAUGAAGAAAUACUCAAAACUUUAAAUCUUAUGUGAUCUUUACGUUUUAGUUUUUAUUUAGAAGACAACUCAAAUUUACCAUAAAAAUUCAAAAACAUCAGUUAUAAUGAUUCUGUAAGUAUAUUAAUCAAGUAAUAAAAAAGUGUAGGUGUCUUUGGAUUAUUAGUAAUUUUUGUGAAAGCUUACAUAGCCCUAGUCCAGUUUUGUAAAUUAAAAGACUAUCACAUUUUAAGCUCAUCACUGGCAGUGUAUAUACUUAUAAAUAACAAAAUGUUGUUAAGUGGCAUUAUUUCUUAGCAUAAUUUGUCAGGACCAUACCCCUCAAGUUGGUAGCCAAAGCUUAGAAUCAGUAUUUCCUCGAACUGUCUUGUUGGGUGGUUUUGUUUUAUACGCUAAUGUAUUCCUUGAUCUCCUACUGUUGUCUGCUUCUUCUGUUUUAAAGUUUUAUAAAAUUGUAAUUUAACUUUUUUACUUUCUACUACAUUUUGUUGGAUGAUUAUUUAAAUUAAAAUUAUAUUCAAUCUGAUAAAAAAUACCCUUUUUUGUAUUCUUAUAUGUUUUAAAUUAAGUAAAUCAGUAAUUUGAAUUGUGUAUGAUGUAAUAAAAUUUUACAGUUACUUAAUAAUUUAGUAAUAGCAAUUAAACUGUUAUUAAUAUUAGUUUGAGCUCAUUAGAUAAUUGUUUAUUUAUUACAUUUAUUACUAAUGUCGAACAAAAUUACUUGACAAAUAAGGCUGUGAUAAGGUAAUUUUGUUAACGCAUUAUUUAUGAAAUGUCUUAAUAAUAAUUAUUUGUGUUAUUAAAAAUAUAUGAGUUUUCACCUUUAAUAAUCAUUAUGACACCAUGCUUUUAAAAGUUAAUCAUACAAUAAUUUACGUAAUAUGUUUAGCUACAAUUGAUUAAUAAUUUUAAACUUCUUCUUUUGAAUAUAAAAAUUUAUUUUUCAAACCCUUGGUUAGUUAAAAAUUUAAAACAUUAUGCAAUAAAAAUAUUGUUAAAUCUUUUUUAAGCAAAUUAUUUUACUGCAUACAUUUAUGAAUUUGUAACAUAAUACUAUAAUGUGUGGUUUCUGCUUUUUUAUUUUCAUUUAUUACUUUUUUACUUUAAACUAUAUUUAUGUUUAAUAUUAUGCACUAAUUGUUUUCAUGUGAAUAACUUGCACCUAUUUUUAGGAAUUUUUUUAUUUUCAACCAGGGUCUAGUAUUAAAUACUUUAACUGAAAUUGCUGUAGUCUAUAUAAUGUGUUAGUUGUGAAAUGUACAUACUAUUUAAAAAGUAAAUUAAGAAUUUAUUACUCGUAUUUUUUAAAAUAUUAUAAGUGUUCAAAAAAUUAUUAUUUCUUUAAAUACACUGGAUGUUAUAGUACGAGUCCUCUUUUACAUGUGCGUUUUGCCAUUUACUGAACUAACUCUGUGCCACGAGUAAAGCUCUGUCCAUUCAGUCUAUAAAGUUUUGUUACCAAAUUCAUCUGUCCUUUAUUUUAUGUUUACAUUGUUAUAGAUUGAGUUAAGUACUUCAAUAUUUUAGGCCAUCGUUAUUGUAUAAAAAAGACCCUUAAGUUAGAUAACAAAGUAUUGUACUAUGACACUGUGCAUCCUAUGUAAUACAAAAUUCCAGUAUUUUCCAGCACAUACUGUCUUUACUGCUCAAAUCAAUCAUUCAAACUCUUAUGUGGUUAACCAAGUGCAAAUUUAAAAGGGAUAAUUUUACUGAAGAAACUGUAAAUCUAUAACUUAAGUAUUGCUAAAAAUAUGACUACUAAAUGAGAUAAAAAUUGCAAUAUAUAUUGCUCUGCAAUUUUAUUAAUGUAUGUAUUUUUUGUAAUUUUAAAUUUUUAUCAUAUGAAUUUAAAAUGAGGUCGGAAAAACUGUUACAAAACGUAACAAUGUGGUAGUUAGGACAUUCCUAGCCACAACAAGACCAUUUUUUGUAUUAGUUGAAAAUGAGUUAACUUUAUCAUUUAAAUCCAAAGAUAAAAAUUAUAACAUACUAUAGAAAGUGGCAUGAUAACAACCUUAUGUAUCAACAUUUUAAUGAAUGAGUUUAAUACUAAUUAAAUUGAUGAUUUCUCUAGUGAUACUCCCAUCAAUAAGAGGAUGACUGUGUAUAAUAUAAUAAACUAACUUUGUAGUGCAGUAAAUGGCAAAAAAUUAACUGAGAUGAGACAUCUUGGAAUCAGUGUUUCAGUAGUAAAGUAAUGUUUGCUAUGUUUAAAUCUGAACUCUAUGUUUAGUUAAUAAUAAAUCUAUAUUUAGA